CAAAGUAUUUGCUCUGCACUACACAAAUGUUGUGAACUCUCUCAAAAUACCUCAUCUGGGAAAUGGGUGGGUAGAAUGGUGAAAGGCAGCGAGGCCACGAAGCUGUGAGGAAUCCUUGGGGGAUGGGUGCCUGAAGUUUCCUUCUGUAGCUGAAAACAGAAGAGUAGCAGCAUCAAAAUGGUAUGCCAACAUCAGGGAAGGUAGGUGGAGCAUAUGAAAUAGAACUUUCCACUUCCUCAAAGGUUAUGGGUAAGAGAGCUUGGUAAUGAGGCAGAAAAAGGGCUUCAUCAGCUACCCAGAUGUGAGGAUAGGUGAUGUGCAUCUAGAGGAGAUUACUGAUAAGCGGAUAUCCCAAGAACAUGCCAUAUUGGAAGUGGUGGGUGGCCAAGUUCGCAUCAAACUGAUUCAUGUAGAUUCAUGCUUUUAUCAGUCUCCUGAGAAUGGCCGUCUGCAACCAUUGGAAGCACAUGAGCGGCACUCAUUGAAAUUUGGUGAUAGCUUUUCCUUGAUGGUUGACAAAUACAUCUUCAAGGUCCUUUCUGCACAACCUGUGGAGAGCACAGAGAGGGAUAAUCAAGAGGCUGAUGCAGAAGCAGCAGUUAGUGUUCACCCUGUUGAGAUACGUCACAGUCCAUCAUUACCUGAGCCAGCAUGUUCCACCUCUGAGAUGCAAGGCAGCGCAGAAAUAAGAAGAAAUGACUCCCCUUCCACACAUCUGGUUCCUUUUCGUGAUGAUAAUGAAAGUGAACAGUCAACAUCUAUUCAAAGGAAAAGGUUGCUUCCAUCGUGGAUGCUGGAACAAGACCUCCUGGUUCCAAGGAUUUCCGAGCCUAUAACAAAAGGAGGUGGUAGAAACAAAAAAAGCCAAGGAAGGGGAAAAAGCAAUAUGGAAUCUUUAACAUCAGAAGUAAAUAUUCUGCAGGGAAAAAGAUCAGCUUCUGAAGAAAUUAAAGAGAAUUCUGAAGAUGAAGAGCAAGAUGAGGAGGAAGGGAGAUGUCUGUCAAGUUCUUUGUUACAGAAUGCAUCUGGAUUUCCUCCUGAAAGUACUACGGGAAACAUGGAAAGGAAUGGCAAGACUCAAACUAAGAAACCUGGAAGUUCUGUGGAAAGAAGUGACAGGCAGUGGCAUAGUAAACGACUUAAACCAUCAGGUCAGAUUUCCAGUAAGACAAAUAAACUUGAGGAAUCAGAAGACAAAGGACAGCUUACUUGUUCUAUCAGCCAACAAGCUCCCUGGGGCAGGACUUCACCUAAUGGUGCCCAGGAAGGUGCUCAUGAUCCCAAUGCAGAUGUGGAUUACGACACUGAGAUUUCUUAUUCAACCAAAGGUGCUGAAGCUUCAGAAAACUCCAAACAGAGAAAGUGUGAGAGAACGCCUUGCAUGUAUGGAGCAGGCUGUUACAGGAGGAAUCCCAUUCACUUUCAGCAGUUCAGUCACCCUAAUGAUGAUGAUUAUUAUGAAACAGAUAGUGUAGCUCAAGAUGAUGACGAUAACCGCCCAGAAUGUCCAUAUGGAACUGCUUGCUAUAGAAAGAAUCCACAGCACAAACUUGAAUACAAGCACACUGUACCUCCAGUAACUGAAAGACGAACCCGACAGCGAACUUCCAAGAAAGGAAAAAGGGGUUUAGAAGAAGGCAGCGAUAAUGAUGGUGAACCAGAUGAGUAUGAUCUCAAUGACAGCUUCAUAGAUGAUGAGGAAGAGGAGUGUGAACCUACUGAUGAAGAUUCUGACUGGGAACCAAGUUCAGAAGAAAAGGAUAAUGAAGAUGUUGAAACACUUGUGAAAGAAGCACAGAGAUUUGUUAAGACCAAAAAGUAACUGCACUGAGUAACAUUAAGAAUGUCCAAUCCAGUUGUGUUAAAAUUUCUAUGUGCAAGAAGAGAAAUUGCUUUGAAAACUACUUUUUCCUCAGUGAUGUAGGAACUAUGGGGAUGGUUUAAUGGUGGUGAAGGGAUUCAGCAAUACCUUUCUUUUGGUGUGAAUUUCACACUUUCUUUUUGUUUUGUUUUUUAAGUGGUGGAGUUAAAUGAUUGAGCUCUGUGAUUCUACUGUGUGUCAGCUGAAGCAGGACUUUGUAAAACAGAACUUUCUCAGCUAUUUCUUCUCCAGCAUCAUUAGUCUGGCGAUAAGAAAUACAAUUUUCAAGGUCUAUAAUGUUUUAAUUCUCCAUCUAAAUAUUGACAUUAGAAAAGCCUUUAGAUUUGCUGAAACAUGAUAUAUACUGUGUUAAAUAAAGAAGAACUAGCCUCCAUACCUGCCAUAUCACAGAUUGAUUCUUGGCCAUCACCGAGGAAAUCUGCCAAAACCAUUUAACUUGUUCUUCUCAGUUAAAACCUUACAUUUCAUUAGUCAGCUACUAGCUUUCCUUCUUGGCUUUACUUCUUUGAUGGUCUUGAUGUACAGCAGUUAAAUACUGGUUGCCUGAAUAACUUCAGGAUAUCUCAGUCUACUGAACCUCUGAUGAUGUUCCUACACAAAUUAUGGUGUAUUUGCUUUAAUUACAACUUUACCUGUUGAAAUACAGAUACAUCCCUGGAGCUGUGUUUGGUUCACAAAAAAACUGAAAUAAAAUGACUAUUUUUGCACAGUUAAACUUACAAUAUGCCAUGAGGGAAAAAAGCAACUUAUAACUGUGUCUCUGCGGCUUUUUUAAAGGCUUUGUUGGAAAAUCCUGCCUUCAGUGUGUUCACAGCUUUCCUGAGCUUAUGUUAAAACAAAUUUAAUGUGUUUCUGGGCACAUGAUUGAAGCCAUGAUAAUUUAGGAGGCUGUAUGUUUGUUUGUUUUUUAAUAAAUGAUACCUGUUUGUUUGUUUGUUUUUUAAUAUAUGAUACAGAAAUUCAGCAGGGGUACCUGAUUUUUCCUAAUUGUAGUUAAAUAAUAGAUAUCUACAUGCAAUUUGAGCAUUUUAGUUGGGUGAUGAAAUGCUCUUUGCUGGUGAACUUUGGGGACCGUGUAUUCCAGCUGAUCAGUUUUCUGCAGCUCAUUCCCAGCAUGAAGAAAAAUGCUGUUGUCCAGGGCUUCAGAAGCAGCAGAUAUUUGUAGUAAUUCCUUAUCUCUUUAAUAUGCUUCUGCAGUCGUAUGUUUUUAAAUCAUUUUUAUACCGUUAUAUCUCUGCUUGAAGAGAUUGAGUGUCAUGGAAGCAAAGUCUGCAAUUCAGAUUUGUAUUUCGACAGUGUAAUCUUUUUUUUUUUUUUUUUUUUUUUGGCAAGGCUGUCAGAAAGUUGCUUAGAAUAAAUUGGAUGUUACUGCAAAUUGGUUUGGGGCUAAUUUUGGAUGCACAAUAACUACUUGCAAAAUGUGACUGCAGUUUCUCUUAAAAAUAGUAGGUAAUGAAAUGCUUAUGGUGGGCAGCCAUUCAGUUUCUGUUGGCCAAGGACCUAGGUGAUAUAUACAGUGCCAGAGCAGUUCUGUGACCUUAGCCUUCCUCAAGUAGAAACGUUUAUUAUUGUGAUGUUAUCCUGUGAAUGGCUUGAAGGAGAUAAUAGCAUUUGGAAAACUGAAACACCUUUUUGUCAUGGUUCCUAAUGAGUUGUGUAAUCACAAAAGCAAGUGUGCAUCUGAUUCUUGGUUUGUGUGAUAGGUUAAGAUUUACUACUGAUAGGGACUGAAAAAAUAAAAAGUAAUAUCAAAGGUAUUGUAUAAGGGUAGGAUGAAGUUGUCUCUGUUGAACACUAUUUUCCUGAUAUUUUCUUUUGACCUCAGUGUAUGUUUUUAUCCUUCUAGAUGGAGAAUCUUGUAACUGCAAGAUAUUUGAAAUUACUUGAAAUUACUCAGUUUGUGAUACAGGUAAAACAUCUCAGAGAGUUAACAAGACACUAAAUGCCCAGUACUCCUGUGUUUUCAGUCACUCAGGUAUGCACUAAAAUUCAGUGGAGUGAAAUACAGUCUUAUGAUUAAA